ACCCACCUGUCGCUUUUUGACGUUCUUUGGGUAAAGUGAAAGUGUCCUUAACAUUAGGAUAACAAACCUGGACACGAGAGAGGCGAUCUUCAGCGUUCAAGGACUGAGUGGGAAGAUCAGUUGAAACCAAAUCAGUAGGGAAAUUUAUUUUGUUCAAAUUUUUUAUAUUACAAAUAAAUACUUCUGUUAAUAUGUGUGUAUACGAAUAUAUAUAUAUAUAUAUAUAUAUAUAUAAAUAUAUAUAUAUAGUUAAAAUGUAAUAUAUAUAUUCAUUUUUAAAACUUUUGUGAACGUAUGAAAGCUGUUACGAAAUACGAAUAAUUGAUUUAUCCAGGCCCAAGUGAUUUGCAAUAAAGCUUUGACCCCUUUUUAAGCUAUUCAAACACUUAAGAAAUUGAUUUAAAUAAAAACUGUAAUUUUUCUCACGUCAACAAUUCAUAAAAUAAAAUAAAUAAAAAUAGUUCUUACUUAUUUUAUUUUAACCAGAGGAGAAUGAGAACCCUUCUUUUGGUUGGACGUUCAAGCAAUGGGAAGAGUUCUAUCGGUAACUCGAUACUUGGUGGUCAGGUAUUCAGUCUGAGGAGUCCAUCAGAAGGGGUACGGUUGGGCAAUGAAAGACGAUCGAACAAUGAUUAUAUUGUAGUCGACUGCUCUGGUAUCGGAGACACGGUAGGGGAAAUAAAUCGCGAUGUGAAAUGUGUAAUACAAUCAGCCUUGGAUGGGUUAAUGUUGUGUGACAGUGAGAAAGAAAUGACUUUAAAUGGAAAACACCACAACUCUUCUGGUGGACCGACGCUAUGUAAUGAUAAUUAUAAAAACCAAGGGACAUCUGAUCAAAAUCUGAAAAUGGACGAGACGGUUGAUGAACUCAAGUGUGGGUUUGAUGCCCUGAUAUUUGUCCUGAAAUAUGGGGUACGGUUUACCAAACAAGAGAAAGACGCCGUACAAAUGGUCAAGUCGAUCUUUGGAGAAAAUGUGUUCAGAGAUUGGGGGAUCUUAGUUUUCUCUUACGGUGACAACUUUUAUCUGGAUACGGAAGAUGAUGGAAUGACGUUUGAAGAUUGGUGCCAGGAACAAACAGGUGAUAUAAAGACUUUAUUUGAAGAGGUGGGCUACAGGUGUGUUCUGUUUGACAAUAAGUCCCGCGAUGAAAAGAAACAGAAUUUACAACGGGAAAUUCUAACAACCUACAUUACAAAAAUAAUGAAUAGCCAGAAAGGGAAGUACACUCACGCAGAAUUUGUCAGUGCUGAUGCCGGUAAGGUUAAACUACUUUUACAAAGUCAGUUUAAAGGGAUAGAAAGUGAUGUCCAACGUCUGAUACAAGAAUCGGACGAGGGCGCUCGGAAAAUGGAGGAAAUUCAUCCCGAGUGGAUGUCGCAAUUGGAGACACUGAAACAGGUGCAUCGUCAGCUGCUGUCAGAAAAGGAGAAACUAGAGACCAAAGACCAAGGAACUGAACUGCUACGGGAUUUAGUGACACAAGUCAGAUGUCAGAUUUUGAAGAUAAAGAGUGCGUUAGAGAAAGUCAGUGUUAGUCCAGGCAGGCACAUUUCUAAUUCAGAAAUAUCCAAUGUUAAUCCAGGGGGGCACUCUGCUAAUCCAGAGAUAUCCGCCGUCAGUCCAGGGGGAUCCGGAGGUGUUAUAGGAGAAACCGCUGUUCCUUCACGAGCACGCAAUUUAGGUGACGUGGAGUCAAAGAGGAAUGCUGACUCCGAGAGUGCAAUAAGCGGUUCUAGGGAAUGGUGUAUAAUACGUAAGUAUUGCUGUUGUUUUUCACAAGACAGGUAUAAUGUGUUAGACGAAACGAAUCCAUCAAUUCAAAAGAACGAAUCCAUCAAUUCAAACGGGUUGAACUUCCUGCACCGUUGACACACAUCGGCGUAUGUGCUGAAUAAAAUUAUUUUGAGUCGGUAAUGAAAAUACUGUGAUUCGUGUUUAGCUUAUCAUAUUGAUAACUUUGUCAUUUUGAUAAGAAGUGUUAACAUGUAAUAUUGAUAAGCGAUAUUUUGAUGGUGUUGUAAAGAUGCAAUAUUGAUAAGAGAUAUUUGAUAGUUUUGUAAAGAUGUAAUAUUGAUAAGGGAUUCUUUGAUAGUUUUGUAAAAUGCAAUAUUGAUAAGAGAUAUUUGAUAGUUUUGUAAAGAUGUAAUUAUUGAUAAGAGAUAUUUGAUAGUUUUGUAAACAUGUAAUACUAAUGAGAGAUGUUCAUAAGUUUUGUAAACAUGUAAUAUUGAUAAGACAUAUUGAUACGUUUUGUAAACAUGUAAUAUUUAUAAGAGAUGUUGAUAAGUUUUGUAAACAUGUUAUAUUGAUAUGAGAUGUUGAUAAGUUUUUUUAAUAUGAAAUGUUGAUUACACAUGUUGAUAAUUAAAAUCAAUGAGUGAUUAAGGAAAGUCA